UAUAUUGCUCUGGACAUUUCGAUUUUGCUCCAACGGUGGCGAAAUUCUCAUCCAAGAGAGUUUGCUGGAGUUUGCAAGCUUCUGUCAUGGCAUUAACAAUAAGCCAACUCUUAGUUUUAGCUGCAGCUUUCAUCUAUCUCUCUGCUUUCUGCUGCAAAAUAGGGAUGGCAGAUGAUUUUACACCUGAAAGAGGUGAUGUGCCAGAUCAAAUAGGCUCUGCAGAGCAGGAUCCAGCUCAAAUUGUUGCCAAAGCCUUGCUGUGUUUCAAUGAUAAAUAUGUCUACAGCAGCUGUGAAGAGUCUUACAGAUUGAAUGAGAGUGGAGAUCUCAAAGUGCCAGCAGCAAAAACUGACGAGUACUGCAACGGUCCAUGUCUGCAAGAAACACACCUUGUGCUCGACUGUGUUGAUAACAUUUUGAGCAACUUCCUGUUCUACAACAAGGCCACGGUGCAAGAUGUUAGAGAUACGAUUCAGGCCGGAUGUGGCUACGGGGAAGAAAGAGGAAAAUUCGAUGUGCCUGAGCACAUCAAAGCUGAGGGAAGCAAGGCAUACAAGGCUGCAAAUUACCAGAUUCUAAUUGGGCUUGUGGUGAUGAUCAUGGGGAAUGGAUUGCUGUUCUAGGAUGUAUAAUGCUAUAAUUUCCCCCUAACACCAUAACAUAAUAGUGUUGUCAAUGUUACCCUAAUACCAUAUGCAUUAUAAUAAAAGGUAUAUACUAAUUAAUGUGCGCA